UCAACUGCUCGAUAUUAAAAAUGUCAAGCCGUCGUUUUUUACCAGCUCCAGAGCUGGGACAAUCGCAACCCAGUGAAAAAUCAAAGACCCUUUUCUUUCAGUCAACGAGACGCCCUCUCCGAAACAAGAACUGGUUUAAUCUCUUCCGGAAUCCUAUCUUUUCCAUCUGGGUCUUCAAUUUUUGGUCGAUUUGAGUUGAGGGGUUUGCUUCGCGGCCAGAUGAACCCUCCAAUUGGGUUUUUGCUGUUGGUGUUGAUCUCCGUGCUACUCGGAGCUGAUUCAAGAUGCCCUAGAACUUGCGAUGUAGCUUUAGGUUCGUAUUUCGUGUGGCCGGAUAGCAAUUUGACAUUCAUCGGCGAAAUGUUUGAGCUGCGUUCCCCUGAUAUCAUCGUCAGCUACAACAGAGAUCAAAUACCCAACAGAGAUUUUAUUACAAGCGGAACCAGGGUCAACGUUCCAUUCUCCUGCGAUUGUAUAAACGAUUCAUUUUUGGGUCAUACGUUUCAGUACGUGAUUAAAAGUGGAAAUACUUACACCGAAAUUGCGGACAAAUUCUAUUCGGGCAUUACAACGGUGGAGAUGUUGCAGAGAUUCAAUAGUUUUGAUGCCACGAGUCUUCCCAUAAAUGGGAGAUUGAACGUCACUGUGAAAUGCUACUGUGGGGAUCCUGAUGUUUCCACGCUAUAUGGGUUGUUCGUCACUUACCCACUUCGCUCCGAUGAUACUUGGGGUAAGCUUCAAAGUGCUACCAAUGUCAGCUCAACUUUGCUGCAGCGGUACAAUGAGAAUGUGAAUUUCACCACAGGAAAUUUGAUCUUUAUUCCAGGCAGAGAUCAAAGUAGCAACUACCCACCUCUGAAUAUAAGCACAGAUGCAGGACUUUCAGGUGGAGCCAUUGCAGGCAUAAUUAUAGGAGCAGUACUCGGGGUUCUAAUUGUAGCAGGCUGUAUUUACUUUUUCAUACGAAGGAGGAAGUCGAAAGGUGCCAAAUUGCUGGCAUUCUCCCAAGAUUUAUCUUCUCAAGAUGGGCGUGGUCUUGUCCCUGGAAGUUCCUUGUAUAAAUCUACUGAACCACAUGCUCAAGGUGGCGGUGGUCUAGCUGCCGUUACGGGCAUUACUGUUGAUAAAUCAGUGGAUUUCUCAUAUGAUGAACUUGCCAAGGCCACCGACAACUUUAGCUUGGCAAACAAAAUCGGUGAAGGUGGUUUCGGAUCGGUUUACUUUGCCGAGCUUAGAGGAGAGAAAGCAGCAAUAAAGAAGAUGGACAUGCAAGCUUCAAGGGAGUUCCUUGCAGAAAUUAAGGUUCUAACACGCGUUCACCACUUGAACCUGGUGCGCUUGAUAGGAUAUUGUGUUGAAAAUUCUCUAUUCCUAGUCUACGAGUUCAUUGAAAAUGGCAACUUAAGCCAACAUUUACGUGGCACAGAUCGGAAUCCAUUGCCAUGGCCUAGUAGGGUCCAAAUAGCCCUCGAUUCAGCCCGAGGCCUUGAGUAUAUCCAUGAGCACACAGUUCCUGUUUAUAUUCAUCGUGAUAUUAAAUCCGCAAACAUAUUGAUUGACAAGAACUUUCAUGGAAAGGUAGCAGACUUUGGAUUAACAAAGUUGACUGAAGUUGGAAAUUCGUCGCUUCCUACUCGUCUCGUGGGCACAUUUGGAUAUAUGCCACCUGAAUAUGCUCAAUAUGGUGAUGUUUCUCCGAAGAUCGAUGUUUAUGCUUUCGGCGUUGUUCUUUAUGAGCUUAUUUCAGCCAAGGAAGCUGUGGUGAAGACAAACAGAGCCAGCUCAGUUAAUGAAUCGAAAGGCCUCGUCGCUUUGUUUGAAGAUGUCCUGAAUCAACCUGAUGCGAAAGAGAACCUUCACAAACUAGUCGACCCGAGACUCGAAGACAACUACCCUCUCGAAUCGGUUUUCAAGAUGGCUCAGCUAGCCAAGGCAUGUACACAUGAGAAUCCACAGCUACGCCCAAGCAUGAGAUCCAUUGUGGUUGCUCUCAUGACACUUUCUUCUGCAACAGAGGAUUGGGACGUCGGCUCGUUCUAUGAAAACCAAGCUCUCGUAAACUUGAUGUCAGGAAGGUAGAAUCAAGCACCACGAUCGCUCUCCCGUUCGAUAAAAGGGACAGCUCUCUUAUUUGAUGUGUAUAAUACCAAAAAUUUCUCCCUUCUUUUAAGUAUUUGUAAAUGUUCGUAGUUGAGAAUUACAAAGAAAGUUCAUGUAAAAUUAUUUA